AGGAGGAGGAAGAAGAAGAAGAAGAGAAUCAUCAUCUAAUUAACCAUAUAUAUACAUAUAUCAAUUAUGGGAUUCGUAUUGGGGUGGAUUGUGGGUUUCGCAUUAGGCUUUGGAUUGAUCGUGGGCUUUGCUCGCUUCCAGACUACAAGAUCCAAAAGGCGCUGUGAUUUGGCAGAAGCAAUAGCAGGUUUAGCCAGGAUGAGUGUCCAAGAUUCCAGGAAACUCCUUCCCGAUCCAUAUUACCCUUCUUGGGUUGUCUUUUCACACAGACAGAAGUUGAGUUGCAUGUUAAAUUGGAUGAAUCAACUUCUUGACAAAAUAUGGCCUUAUGUGGACGAGGCAGCUUCGGAGAUAAUAAGGAACUCGGUGGAGCCAAUUCUUGAACAAUAUAGACCAGCAAUUUUGGCUUCUCUGAAAUUUUCUAAAUUGACUCUAGGGACGGUGGCACCGCAGUUCACAGGAAUUACGGUACUUGAAAGUAGUCAACCAAAAGAGCUAGUUAUGGAAAUGGAGUUGCAGUGGGAUGGAAAUCCUAACAUCGUACUUGAUAUUAAGACUAGAGUUGGUGUGGCACUACCCAUCCAGGUCAAAAAUAUUGGAUUUACUGGGGUUUUCAGGUUGAUAUUCAAACCAUUAGUUGAUGAGAUUCCAUGCUUUGGAGCAGUUUGUUAUUCCUUGAGAGAAAAGAGGAAUCUUGACUUUACGCUCAAAGUGAUUGGUGGAGACAUAUCAGCGGUUCCUGGAGUAUCUACUGCCCUUGAGGAUACGAUACGAGAUGCUAUUGAAGAUUCUAUAACGUGGCCAGUUCGUAAAAUUGUGCCCAUAAUACCAGGAGAUUAUAGUUACCUAGAGGUAAAGGCAGUUGGAGUUCUGGAGGUGAAGCUGAUUGAAGCUAAGGAAUUAACAAACAAAGAUGUAAUUGGCAAGUCGGAUCCCUUUGCUCAGAUAUUUGUCCGCCCUCUGCGUGCCAAAACCAAAACCAGCAAAGUCAUUGACAAUGACAUAAAUCCAAUCUGGAAUGAGCACUUUGCGUUUGAAGUUGAGGAUGAAUUGACUCAACACUUAACAGUGAGGAUUUACGACGAUGAAGGAAUUCAAGCUGCUGAGUUAAUUGGUUGUGCUCAAAUACCACUCUGUGAGCUUGAGCCCGGUAAGAUUAAGGACGUGUGGUUGAAACUGGUGAAGGAUCUGCAUGUCCAAAGAGAUAGGAAAAAUCGCGGCCAAGUGCAUUUGGAGCUGUUGUAUUGUCCUCUCAGCACUGACAGUAUAUUUUCGAGUACUUUUGAUCCAGACUUCAGAUUAACUUCCCUGGAGAAGGCCCUGAAACAAGUAACUGAGGACGUAGGAGAUUCCAGCUCUACUCCUCCUCCUCCUCCUCCUUCUUAUACCAAAAAGGACAUUAUAUUCAGAGGAGUUCUUUCCGUGACAAUAAUGUCCGCAGAAAACUUGCCAGCAACAGAUUUAAUGGGAAAAUCUGAUCCUUUUGUGGUCCUAACAAUGAGAAAGUCGGAACAGAAGUGCAAGACCAGGGUCUUAAAUGACACCUUGAAUCCUGUCUGGAAUCAGACAUUCGAUUUCGUAGUGGAGGAUGGGUUGCAUGAGUUACUAAUCAUGGAAGUUUACGAUCACGACACAUUUGGCAAGGACAAAAUGGGAAGAUGCUUGUUGACGCUGACGAGGUGUAUAUUAGAAGGAGAAUUUACAGAGAGUUUACAUAUCGAGGGGACUAAAUCAGGAAAGCUGAAUAUGCAUCUCAAGUGGACCUCACAAACCAUCAUCAAGGAAUAAUCACUCACAACAAACUUAAUUAAUAUUGUGUUACUACCUACAUCUCUCUCUCUCUCUCUAUCUUAUAUAUUUAAUUU